AUGGCUGACAUCAAACACUCAAUCGAGUCCGUAAAUCAAUCGGCGGCUCAACAUCUUGAUGUUGAAGUGAUCCCUGGCACAGAGGUCAUGAAAGAUGUUGGUAAUAUGCAUUUUGCCCAUGUCGGUGGUGCAGGCAAUGGCUCCGUUCUCGUACCCCAUCCUUCAGACGAUCCCCGGGACCCACUAAAUUGGAGCACUUCGUGGAAGUUGAUCACUGCUGUAUCUCAGCUGCUAUAUGUCUGGGUCUUGGUCUGCUCUGCACUGAGCUUGGCACCUCUGUUCCCAUUUCUCGGCCAGGAAUUCCAUCUCAACCAACAGCAACUCUCUCUGUUGACCGGCUUGAAUGUGAUUACCCUCGGAUUCGCCAACAUCCUGAUCGUGCCGGUAUCCAACAUUUUCGGUCGCAGACCUACUGCCAUCUUUUUCGGUUUCCUGGUCGUCUUGACGAAUGUCUGGCAGGCACUCGCUUCGAGCCACAAGAGCUUGUUGGCUGCUCGUGCUUGUAACGGGAUAGUCGCAGCUACGAGCGAGACAAUCAUGGUCCAAACGAUAGCCGAUAUGUUCUUUCUGCACGAACGCGCAACCUGGAUGGCGGCAUACUUUACGUUCUACUUCUCAGGAGCAUUUCUCGGUCCAAUCAUGGCAGGAAGCAUCGGAAGUCACCACGGCUGGCGAAGCUUCUUCUGGCUGUCUACCGCAAUGGCCGGCUUUGUUACAAUCCUCCUGAUCUUUUGCUACCCAGAGACGAAGUUCCACCGCGCCGCUGCCGGUGGGAUCGGCCACGAUCGCGACGGCAAGAAUACGAGCGCGGUUCAGGAGAAGAGUGUGAUCGAUACCGAGGCCAACAGUCAGUCCGGGGUUAUUGACGGUCAGUACGUUCGCAAGGGUCGUCCUGGCAAGAGUCAGUUUGCACCUGCGACGAAGCCCGACAGCCGCUGGAUGAGCUUCGUCAUCCGUGACAUUCUGACGCCAGUCAAGGUGUUCUUGAACCCCAUCGUCUUCUGGAGCGCCCUGAUGCUUGCUGGUCCAGCUGAUCUGCUCCUCAUCUUCAAUCUCACCGAGUCCGGAGUGUUCGGAUCGCCAGCGUAUGGCUGGAACCCUCAGACUGUCGGCUACUCCAACUUCGCGUUCUUCGUUGGCGGGAUCUUUGGUGUGCUCACAGCCGGACCGCUUUCAGACUGGUGGGCACGUCGCAUGACUAUCAGGAACAAUGGUAUUCGUGAAGCCGAAUUCCGUCUGCCAGCUUUGUUUCCGUACUGCUGCUUCUUCCUGGUCUCUCAUGUGGUUGGAGCAGUCGGAUACCAAAAUCUCUGGCCUUGGGAGGCAAUUAUCGUUUGCGGGUUUGGUUUCUCUGGUCUAGCAGUCACCUCAAUCCCGGCUAUCGCUAUUGCGUAUGCCAUCGAUUGCUACAAGCCUAUCUCGGGUGAGAUCAUGGUUGUGGGCACCGUACUCAAGAACGUCCUCGGAUUCUGUCUCAGCUACUGGGUGUUUGACAUCGCUACCGAGCGGGGCGUGAUGCCAGGCCAAAACGGAUGGAUCUCGGUCUACAUGAUCCAGUUCGCGGUCUCGUUUCUGCCGGUGGUGCUCACAGUGCCUCUCUACUACUAUGGCAAGAGCCUGCGACGGUGGACGAGCAACUCUGAGAUACAUCGCAUGGAGACAAUGAUCUAG